GACUUCCCCGCUGUCCAUCACGACAAGCAGCCAGAUCGGUAACCGUGCUUUACAUCACCGCGUGUCUUUGGUUUAUCUAAAAAUCUCCCUUUUUUUUCUUUCGCUCAUCUCGGAAAACCUUUUUGUUCUAAGGGUUUAUUCAACUCUGUUCUCUUCUUAUUCUUUCUUUUCACUCCCCCCCUCUUCCACUUUCACUUCUAAAAGAUGAUCGCAGAGUGCUUUUAUCUGCUUACCUUCAUCACAACGGUGAUCACCUUGACCGCGUCCGAUAUCAACAUUUGGCCCGACGGCAUGUACUUCGUUUUGGGCUGGCAGAGCGCGGUGGUCUCGAACGUGAGGCCGCAUGCGCUGCAGUUCGGCGUAACCACCGUCAACUCAACCUCCAGCGGGCUCACUGUGACGUUCAACGACCCGGUAAAGGCGAACCUGACGACCGACCUCGUCGUGAACGGCGACUUUGAGCUGACGGACGUGUUCGUCGAAGCCAACGUGAGCGGCUCCGUCCAGGUCGCGAAAGAGGUGUCGAACACGUGCGGUGCCGGCACCUUCUCCAUGACCAACUGCAACAUCACGCUCAACGCAGUCGCGUACUUACCGUUUAUCGGCAGCUUCACGAUUGACAACCAGGACGUGUGCGACUACGCGGACAUCGUCGUGACCGGGAUGCUCACUCCCAAGCCGUACCAGGAGUACCCGGCCCCACAGCAGGGCACGACAAGCCUGGAGCAGUCCACCUACCUGAUGAAGCUGAAGCUGCUGAACCUCUUUGCCAACUCCACCGGCAUGCCCGUCUCGGCAGACUUUGUGGCCCCCAACGUCCUGCGCUUGGCGAUUGCCGCACCCAUCGGCCAAAGCCUCAGCUUCAACUCAGAGCAGGCGAGCGACGUAGGGGUUUUCGACGCCAUGAUUGUGUUUACGCAGUUCGCGAGGAAGAUGCUGGACAUCACGGUGGACCCCGACACAGACAACACCACCGUCAUUCCCUACGGCGCCAACGGUGAGAUCCGCGUGCCCGCACUUCGCAACAUCAUCCACCAAGCCAUCAUCGAGGGCACCCUCGUUUCCAUGGAGACGUACGUGCCUCGCUCGAGCGGCCUCGUGUACGAUGUGAUUGUGAACGAUUUCCGCUGCAAGUACUUCAACACCGUCUGCUCUCUUCCUGCGGAAGGCGGCGUGCAGGUGAUCAACUCGCGCCUUGUUGGCCUCGGCGACCUCAGUUCGAUUCUCGAUAACGUCGCUGGUGCCAUGGUCGACGAGCUGCUGACGAAUUUGACGAGCGCCGCCUUCAAGAUCGCCGGCAGCACCUUCGGUGACCGCAUCUACCUUCCCGUUUUGUAA